CGUUCCUUCACUCAUCUCCUGGGACUUGGUGCUCUGUUCCAGCACCCAGACUGCAACAAUAACCCUAUUUCUGAAUACUUUGGGCUUCAGCCAAAAGUUUGCCACCUGCACUUCUCACUUUUUGAGCCACAAAAACAGAGAAACGAAAGAGAAAACAAACAUUGAAGUGAGUGCAUGUCUGCUUCUAUCAAUCGUGACCCACCGUACUGGCUUGGUGUUGGACUAAAGGGAAAGGAAGCGAUAAGGAUUGGAUUUCAAAAUUCAGGCAAACACCACUGAACCAACAGAAGGGUGGUGUUUCCCAGCAGCGCAAAGAUCCCAAAGACAGCCGCUGAUCGCAGAUUCCCCAUGGACUCCACAGCAAUGAGACUUUGCCUCUUCUUAGUUGCCUUUGCCCACGGGGUGCUGAGCGACGUCCUGCAGCUGGAGAGGAUGUAUGGCAGGAUUGCUUCUCCUGACUUUCCAAACGUCUAUCCAAACAGCAAGGAAAGGACUUGGAACAUUACUGUGCCCCGUGGCUACACCAUCCGGAUCUAUUUUGCCCACUUCAGCAUGGAACUGUCCUACCGGUGCGAAUACGACUAUGUGAAAUUGCGUUCCGGGGGGAAGGUCUUGGCCACCCUGUGUGGACAUCAAAGCACUGACACCGAAGAAGCUCCAGGAGACAAGACUUACCACUCCGUCGACAACAACCUUGCUGUCACCUUCCGAUCAGACUACUCCAACGAGAAGGAAUUCACAGGCUUCGAGGCCUUCUUUGCUGCUGAAGACAUCGACGAGUGCAGUCAGGAGCUGGAUGACGAGCCGCUGUGCGAUCACCAUUGCCACAACUACCUGGGCGGAUUUUACUGCAGCUGCCAAAUCGGCUAUGUGCUCCACAAAGACAGAAGGACCUGCACAGCUGACUGUCGAAAUAUUGUGUUGACGGCAAGAUCGGGAGAGUUCACCAGCCCACAUUAUCCCAACCCAUAUCCUAAACUCUCUCAGUGCAAUUAUGGCAUCCGUGUGGAAGAUGGAUUUAUGGUCAUCCUGGAAUUUGUGGGAUCCUUUGAUGUAGAAAUCCAUCCAGAGGUGUCAUGUCCCUAUGAUAUCCUAAAGGUUAAAACACCGGAGAGAGAGUUUGGCCCAUUCUGUGGCAAGGAGCUCCCUCCAAAAAUCGAAACACGCAGCAGCGUCGUGGAUGUUCAGUUCACCUCGGACCUUUCUGGAAUUCACACGGGAUGGAAGCUCAAAUACACCACCACAGCUCUGCCAUGCCCCAGCCCUGAAGCACCACCCAAUGGCCACAUCUAUCCAGUGCAAGCACAGUACAUUAUGAAAGACGUCUACAAUCUCUCCUGUGAAGUUGGCUACAUGCUCUUGGAAAACGAGCUGAUUGUGGAGUCCUUCACAGCAGUAUGUCAGAAGGAUGGCUCUUGGAGCAGGCCAAUGGCUCAGUGUACCAUUGUUGACUGUGGUCCAGCUGAGGAGAUAGCAAAUGGAAAACUGAAGUAUGUCACAGGACCUCGUAACACCACAUACCAGUCCAAGAUCCAGUAUAACUGCGCAAGUCGCUUCUAUCAGCUGAAGUCACAACAUUCCAGUAACUUCCAAUGUGCAGCCAAUGGCUUCUGGCAGGAUUCCAGAGGGAAAAAAGCACCUCCUGUCUGUGAGCCAGUUUGCGGAGUCCAAACUUCCAAUGCUUUGAAGCGGAUAUUUGGGGGCAAGAGGGCCCUGCCUGGUCAGUUUCCUUGGCAGGUUCUGAUCACCAGCCCACAGGGAUCAACAGGUGGAGGUGCACUUCUGUAUGAUAACUGGAUCUUAACAGCUGCCCAUGUCAUCUCCAAUCCAAACGCUGCAUCUUCCUUAAUUCUGAAAAUGGGGCUUCUAAGCAAACGAAGCCUUCACUACCACCAGGCCUGGGCAGAAUCUGCUUUUGUCCAUGCGGGUUUUACAAACAACGGGGUCAACUUUGACAACGAUAUUGCUUUGAUUAAACUGAAACAAAAAGUCCCCAUUAAUGCAAAUAUCACUCCCAUUUGCCUGCCAGCAAGAAGCAGCAGAUUCCAUGUGAACACAAGUGAUAUUGGUGUGGUUGCUGGCUGGGGGAAAACAGAGAAGAGGCAGCAAUCCUCUGCCUUGCUGUAUACCGAGUUAGAUGUUGUUGAUCCAGAAAAAUGCAAGGCGGCAUAUGCAAACCACACUCUGGAAGGGAAGCCACUUGUGGUGACAGAAAACAUGCUUUGUGCUGGUUACGAACAAGGUGGGAGGGAUUCUUGUAGUGGAGACAGUGGGGGUCCACUGACGUUUUUCGAUACGGAGACCAAGAAGUGGUUUGUCGGUGGCAUCGUAUCCUGGGGCUUGGAAUGUGGCUCUGCAGAGCAGUACGGCGUAUACACUAAAGUAAUGAAUUACCUUUCGUGGAUUGAAGACAUAAUCGCUCGGAAUUCUUAACUGAUUUUUUUUUACUGUUUUAUUUCAAUAAAACAAAUGCAAACUCUU